UAUUAAGUCUAUUAUUAAGGCAAAACGCCACUUACACCUAGUUCUAUUACAUUUUCCUUCUUUCCAGGUACCGCGUCAUUUCAUCAUAAACAACAAAACUAAAACUCCUCCUCUCGCUGCACAUUCGAAUUUUUAAAAUUACCAAAAAUGUCAGUCCCAAAGAGUUCCGGUUUGUCCAAACUCAAAAAGAAGCACUUUCGCGUGAAGCACCAGAAGGUGAAACUGUUCCGAGCGAACGAGCCCCUUCUGUCGGUGCUCAUGUGGGGCAUCAACCACACCAUAAACGAAUUGAGCUACGUCAGCAUCCCUGUAAUGCUUUUACCGGAUGAUUUUAGGGCUUAUUCUAAAAUUAAGGUGGACAAUCAUUUGUUUAAUAAGGAGAACAUGCCGAGUCACUUCAAGGUGAAGGAGUAUUGUCCACUCGUGUUUAGGAAUUUGAGGGAACGCUUUGGAGUCGAUGAUAUGGAUUUUAAGGAAUCGAUGACCAGGUCACAGCCUAUAUCGAUGGACUCGUCUGGUAAAAGUGGGGCCAAGUUUUACCAAAGCUACGACAAGAUGUUUAUUAUCAAAAGUUUGACCUCGGAGGAGGUUGAACGGAUGCAUUCGUUCCUGAAGCACUAUCAUCCUUACAUCGUGGAACGACAUGGUAAGACUUUGUUGCCACAAUAUCUAGCGAUGUACAGACUUACAGUGGAGAACGUUGAGCACUACUACGUGGCUAUGAGGAAUGUAUUCUCUUCCCACUUGAACAUCCAUCGUAAGUUUGACCUCAAAGGCUCCACUGUUGAUCGUGAUGCCAGUGAUAAAGAACUAGGUAAACACCUACCUACUUUAAAAGACAAUGAUUUCAUCAAACAAGCCGUAAAGAUCACAAUUGGUGAAAAUGCCAAGGAGCAACUCGUCAAAUCCUUGAAUGCAGAUGUAGACUUCCUAACCAAACUACACUUAAUGGACUACUCUUUAUUACUCGGUAUCCAUGAUUGUGCAAAGGCUGAACAAGACAGGAUAGAAGCCCGUGAAUUAAAGAAUGCUGAGCAAAAAACCGAUGAGUCUGAACAAGUCGAAUCUGAAGAAUCAGAGACCGAACGAUGGACUUACAAUACACCCCCUGAUUCACCACAUCUCCUGCGUGAAUCCAGUGUGCAAUACGAUGGCAUAAUUCCUGACCAGGACAUCUACGCCAUACCAUCCUGCGAAGGAAUGGAACAAGGCGAAGGCACUUGCAAAGAAAUCUAUUUCAUCGCAAUAAUAGAUGUCUUAACCCAAUACGGAGUCAAGAAACAAGCUGCAAAGGCUGCUAAAACCGUAAAGUACGGUUCAAACGUCGAUGGAAUAUCCACAUGUGAUCCUGAGCAAUACGGUAGACGGUUUAUCGAGUUCUUAACAAAAGCUAUCGAGUAGAUGCACACUUUUUUUAUUAAUUUUAAUUUGUCACGUGUAUGCCCCCUUUGCUAUUGCCAAAUAUUUGAUAAAUUGACAAAUAAAUUACUAGCAUGUAAGGAUAAAUUUAAGAUGAUGAAUACUGAUGGAGACAAAGAAAAUUUGUA